AUGGUUACCACAACAUCAGAUGAUGUGCAUGAGACUACGGCUCUACUUGGGCGCAACAGGGUUCCCAAAGAGGAAAAGCCUCUGCCAAAGGCUCAGAUCCUGCUACUCUGUUAUGCUCGUGCCGUGGAGCCCUUGGCCUUCUUCUCCAUCUUCCCUUAUGUCAGUCAGAUGAUCCAGGACAACGGGGGUAUCAAGUUUUCGGAUGUCGGUUUCUAUACAGGGCUCACAGAGUCCCUAUUUUCCCUCACUCAGGCCAUAGUGAUGAUUUUCUGGGGCCGAGCGGCCGAUCGCGUCGGGCGGAAGCCCGUCCUGGUCUUCUCCUUAUUCGGCGUGACCGUGGCGACGGUCCUCUUCGGACUGGCGAAGAGUAUCACGCAGAUGGUUUUAUUCAGGUGCCUUGCCGGUGUCUUUGCGGGGACUAUCGUCACCAUCCGCACUAUGAUCGCCGAGCACAGCACGAGCGAGACACAAGCCCGAUCAUUCAGUUGGUUCGCUUUCAGUGGAAACUUGGGUCUCUUCCUUGGUCCUCUGUUGGGUGGUAGUCUUGCCAACCCAGCACGCCAGUAUCCAGGUGUAUUUAAGGACACUGGGUUCUUCGCUGACUACCCAUACGCGCUAUCGAGCCUGGUGGUGGCGCUGAUCGGAGCUACCGCUGCCUUUUCUAGUCUUUUAUUCGUCCAAGAGACGUUGAAAAAAGAGCCUGCUACAUCGGGUUCUAACCCCGAUAAAGACCUGUCAACCUGGCAGCUUUUGAAAGCCCCUAGUGUUGGGAUAGUUCUCUACACAUAUGGACAUAUUAUGGUACUCGCCUUUGCCUACACAGCUAUCAUCCCGGUCUUUUGGUUCACUCCUACGUACCUCGGUGGAUACGGCUUCACUCCUCUGCAAAUUUCGGUGCUGAUGGGUGUGAACGGCGCCGCCCAGUCUGCAUGGCUCCUCCUAGCUUUCCCUCCAUUGCAGAAGAAGAUCGGGUCGAAUGGAGUCAUCCGCUUAUGUGCCUAUGCCUAUCCUUUCUUCUUCCUUGCCUGUCCGGCUGGUAAUAUACUCCUGCGCCUGGACAGCGAGGUAUCUGUUAAGCUUUUCUGGAUUUUCCUACCAAUAGCGCUGGCCGUCGGCUGUGGGGUCAGCAUGAGCUUCACAGCCAUCCAGCUCAUUUUGAACGACGUCUCCCCAUCGCCAAAAGUCUUGGGUACGCUGAAUGCCGUGGCCUUGACCGGGGUUAGCGGCCUGAGGGCAAUUUGCCCUGCCCUUUUCACCACCCUCUUCGCUUUGGGGGUGAGAACGCAACUUGCCGGGGGAUAUGCCAUUUGGGUACUGAUGAUCUUGCUCGCUGCCACGUUGUCGGUUGCCGCGCGAUAUCUACCUGAGCCCGAAAAGCCUGAUGAAUCUUAA